AUGUGUGCUCUCGAGGACAGGAGACGUCUUCGUAUAGGUGUCGAUGUCGGCGGCACCAACACGGACGGCGUCAUUCUCGAUCCAGAGGCAUCGUCGUCUCCGGACAAGGGCAUCCUCGCAUGGCACAAGGCCCCGACGACCGCGAAUCCCAGCGUCGGCAUCAACAAUGCCAUCAUGGCCAUGUUUGAGUCGGCUGACAUCAAGCCGGAGCACGUCGCCAGCGUGACCAUCGGCACGACGCACUUUGUCAACGCCGUCGUCGAGAGGGACGCGUCCCGCCUGUCUCCCGUAGCCGUCAUACGCCUCUGCGGUCCGUUUUCCAAGCAUGCGCCUCCGUGUGUGGACUGGCCAGACGAUAUGAGGAAUCUGAUCUUGGCCCAUUCCGCUCUGCUCAAGGGUGGCUUGGAGGUAGAUGGCACGCUCAUCUCAGACAUUGACGAGACGGAGAUCAAGACAGAAUGUGCCACGAUUCGAGAAAAGGGUAUCCGGAGCAUCGUUGUGAACGGCGUCUUUAGCCCUAUUGAUACGAUUGAGCGUCAGGAGGAGCGGGCGGCGGACAUCAUCAGAGCCGAGCUCCCCGGCUGUGACGUGGUCUGCUCCAAGGACAUCGCGAACCUCGGCUUCCUUGAGCGCGAGAAUGCAUCAAUCCUCAACGCCUCCAUUCUCUCUUUUGCGAGAAAGACCAUCAAGUCCUUCCAGGAACCGGUCAAAAGUCUGGGCUUGGAUUGCCCUGUAUUCGUGACGCAAAAUGAUGGAACGGUGCUUUCGGGAGAGACGGCCGCACGUCUUCCCAUUCGGACCUUCUCGAGCGGCCCGACAAACAGCAUGAGGGGUGCGGCAUUCUUGGCCCGGGGCGAGCUGUCCGAAGCCAUCAUGGUGGUGGAUAUCGGCGGCACAACGACGGACGUCGGCCUCCUCCAGGCCAAUGGGUUCCCACGGCAACAGGCUGCGUACAGCGAGCUUGCGGGCAUUCGUAUGAACUUUUCAUGUCCCGACGUCAAGAGCAUCGGCCUGGGCGGAGGUUCUAUCGUCAGAACUGACAAUGGCCUCGCCGUCGGACCGGACAGCGUGGGCUAUAAGCUGCCCGAGGAUGCACUCGUGUUUGGAGGAAAGAUCCUCACUGCUACGGACUGUACCGUCCUCUCCGACCCCAGCUUGGAUAUUGGAAACGCGAAGCUCGUGCAAGGGGCUCUGCCGCAGGACCAGCUCAGCGUGUUCAGGGAUACUGUCCGAGCCAAGCUCGAAAAGAUCAUCGACAGGAUGAAGACGUCGCCAGGAAACGUGCCUGUGCUCCUGGUUGGAGGGGGUGCUAUCAUUGCUCCAGACGAGCUCACCGGCGCCAGCAGAGUACUAAAGCCUAGAUGGUCCCAGGUCGCCAACGCCAUUGGGGCCGCCAUUGCCAGGGUCAGCGCCGUUGUCGACAUUGUCAAGUCUACGGAGAAUAAGUCUACGAGCGAGCUGCUCGAGGAAAUAAGCCAGCAAGCUAUAGAAAAGACCAUUGCCGCUGGCGCAUUGCCGUCCUCGGUCGAGGUUGUUGAGCAGGAUACACUUCCGUUACAGUAUAUCGCCCACAAGACUAGAUUUAUAGUUCGCGCAGCCGGUGAUUUCGAUCUGUCACAGACCGGGAUUGUCGCUGCGCCGUCAGACGGCCCGUCCUAUGACGCCCAGGACAUGAACGAAUAUGGCAGACAGUCAAGAAAUCGACAACCGAAACAGAGCACAAGACCAGGUACAGAAAUAGACAUUGCAGCAUACAGGCCCAAAGUCACGGACCGUGUGUGGUACAUAUCCGAAACUGACCUCGAUUGGAUCACCAUCGGUUGCUACAUCCUCGGCACUGGAGGAGGCGGAUCGCCUUAUUCUCACAUGGUGCGGCUUCGGUCUGACCUUCGCAGAGGCGCUAUUGUCCGCGUCGUGAACCCUCACGAUUUGAAGGACGAUGACCAAGUCGGAUGUGGCGGCGGCGUCGGCAGCCCAACGGUAGGUAUAGAAAAGCUCGCCGCGGACGAGCUGAUGGAGGCACAGACGGAGCUAUACAAGAUUUGCAAUCGCCCGGCAACGCACAUAAUUGCCAUCGAAAUAGGCGGCGGCAACGGCCUCCAGGGCAUGCAACUUGGGGCGAGCAACUACAUGAAUGUCCCGGCCGUCGACGGAGACUGGAUGGGGCGCGCAUACCCGACCAAGUGGCAGACCACGCCCGUCGUGUUCAACGAGCGAAGCCCAAUUUGGUCCCCGAUUGCCAUGUCCGAUGGCAACGGCAACGUGGUGUUGAUGCCAAAGGCCAGCUCCGACCUGCAGGUAGAGCGAAUCCUGCGCGCCGCACUCAGCCAGAUGGGCUCGCACACAGGCUGCGCCGAGUCUCCCGUUUCGGGAGCAGAGACGAAACGAUGGGUUGUCGAGCACACGAUAUCGCAGGCGUGGAGGAUCGGCCGCGGCGUCGCCCGCGCACGCAAGGAAAACCGCGUCGACAACGUGGCGGAGACGAUUAUCGAGGAGUGCGGCGGCAAGAGCGCAGGCAAGGUUCUCUGGAAGGGCAAGAUUGUCGGCAUCGAGCGUCGGCUUAGAGGCGGCUACGUCUACGGCGAGUGCGUCAUCGAGGGCGCCAACGUCCGCGACGAAGGCGACGUCGUGCCUGACAAUAACCAGGCGGCCGAGACUGCGUUUCGAGGCACCAUCAAGAUCCCGUUCAAGAACGAGAACAUCGCCGCACUCCGGGUACGCGACGACGGGGCGGAGGAGAGGCAAGAAGAUGUGCUGGCCAUCGUGCCGGACCUCAUCACCGUCAUCGACGCCCAGAGUGGCGAGGCUAUCGGGACUCCAGAAUAUCGCUACGGGCUGUUUGUCAUCGUGCUCGGGCUGGCUGCGAGCGACAAAUGGACCGGCAGCGAACGAGGCAUCAAGAUAGGGGGGCCGCAGGGCUUUGGCUUCGACCAUCUUACCUAUACCCCGUUAGGGAAGUUUGUUAAGCCGCAGAGCGUGAUCGAUGAGUUUGAUCGAGGGCCAGGAGCGGUCUGA